AUGCGCCCUACUGGCAAGGCAAGGGCUGAUGCCGCUUGGCUAGGGUUGAGGUCGAGUGAACAGCAAACACCUCCAACUUCACCUAAGGCGCAUGCAAAUGCAACUGCAUGCAUCAUCCUUGCCGCCUGCUUCUUCUUCCUCCCCUCCUUCCUGGCCAACCAUGUUGCCGCCGCCUCGCCGCCGCUUUCCUUCAGCUUUGACUUCACAAACACCUCCAAAUACCGUCUACAAGAUCUCCGGUUCGAGGGCGAUGCCGCCUUGAACGGCAAAUUGGUUGACCUCACCCGCAACCCCACCGCAGACUACUGCAGCGGACGAAUGUCGUUCAACCACCCGGUGCAGUUCUACGACAACACCACAGGCGAGGUGGCCAGCUUCAGCACCACCUUCACCUUUGCCAUGAACAUGCCCAACACAACCAUAAAGGGGGACCGUAUGAGCUUCUUCAUCUCUGGCUACCCCUCAAGAUUACCACCGGAAUCGUAUGGUAGUGUCCUUGGCCUCACAAACAGCAGCACAAACAUCUCUUCCGGAGCUGACCGGUUCCUCGCCGUUGAGUUCGACACCUAUGCCAAUGCAUGGGAUCCCACGGGAUCACCCGACCACAUGGGCAUCGACCUCUUCCAUCACUUCGGUGAGCAUAACGAGGUUGCCGAGGUAUAG